UCUCCUUAAAUAAAUGUUCAAACAUUUUCUUUACCAUAAUAAAUUAUCUGUCAUGAAGACUUAAGGUAUAUUUUUUUUUAUUCCUAAUCUCGUGAAUAUUAUUGAUGAUGUGGAAUUUGAAUUAGAUAGUCAGCAGAUGGCAAAGUUUGGGAAUAUCAAUAGUAAAGAAUUCAGUUCCAAAAAUGACAAUUAUGGAUAGAAAAUUUGCUUUAUGUUUUACAUGGAUAUGUUUAUUUGUCUUACUUAUCCUGGUAUUAAUUACUAAUUUCACAGAUAACAUUUUCUAUGGGGAACUGGAUGGACAACUGUUCUCAGGACAAACUGAAGUAUUGGACGAACAAUUGUUCUCAGAACCAGAAACAAAAAUCUCAUUGAAACGUCGCAGUUUAAUCACAGAAAAAUACAAGGAGCGACUCAAUCACUUACAACAAACAUGCCUGAACAGCACUGAUGGUUUUAAAGGUAAAGCUACGGAUUCAGAUUUCAAGUUUAAUAUUUUAAUUGACAAACAACAUAAUUUAUUUUACUGCCAAAUUCAAAAAGUUGGGACAAAAUUCAUUAAGGAUCUACUUAGAAAAUUGUCACAGAAACAAAAGAAACAUAAGAAAGACAAUUUAAAAGAUGAAUGGAAAUUGUCCGACCUGAAUUCAAUGAUGGAAAAUACUGACAAGAUCAUGUUUGUCCGUGAACCGUAUUCUAGAGUGCUGUCGGGAUAUGUUGAUAAACUUUUUGCACCUAACAAUGUUUACUGGGACAUGUCAGGACGAUCGAUGCUUAAAAAAACUCGGGAUGGCGCUAAUAAUCAUUCUUUGUCGUGUGGUCAUGAUGUUUCAUUUCCGGAGUUUGUAAAGUAUAUAAUUAAAUCUGAAAAACAGGGUCAAAAUCUUGACCGCCAUUACGCACCUUUAUAUGAACACUGUCGACCAUGUCAGAUUUCAUACGACUUCAUCGGGAAAUUGGAAUUUUUUAAGGAAGAUAUUUUGUUUCUGUUAGACUAUUUAAAUAUCAAACAUGGAACAAACAUAACCUUCAGCGAUUUUGAGUCUGAAACAACAGAAUCCAGAGCAAUAUUCCAAAGUCAAAGAUUGUUCAAUAUGCGAGAGAAACUCGAACGUUGUGUUACAUUUUACAAUGCAACUAUGCGCACAUGGAGAGAAAUGCAGAUAAGAGGUCUAAUCUCGAUACACAAACAAUUUCCAUUCGAUGCAAAAUAUACUGAAAGUCACAUGACAAAAGAAGAUUUGUUUGUCGCAGUCAAAAAUGCUAUUUCUAGUGUACAAAAUAAAAGCGAAGUGAAAGCACAGCGAGACGCAGCUUUAAUCGAAGCCUUUAGACUUGUGCCUACAGCCGAUCUUUACGCUUUACGACGAUUUUUAAAACCUGACUGUGCAUUGUUUAAUUAUGAUUCAAUGCCUAUGGAAAUAUUUGACAGACCAUAUACGGACAAAAACAGUCUUCAAUAUUUCAAUCUGUUUUAAAAUUAAGCAAUCUAUAACAUGUUAACGAACGCAUACCGGUAAAAUAAAUUUUCUAUUAACAA